AUGACUGACCAUUCGAUCAUAGAGACCGCAGAUUGCAGGCGACAUGGCUACAUCCUCACUGAUAAAACACUGGGGUCAGGCACAUUCGCAAAGGUCAAGCUGGCAAGGGUUAUGGAGAGAAAGAUAUCGCAGACACCAAAAUUAAGAGAUGACUUAAGAACCAAAGGACAUAAUAUGGUUGCAAUAAAAAUCAUCUCUAAGAGGGAUGCUCCGAGUGAGUACUUAAAGAAAUUCAUGCCAAGAGAGAUAGAUUCUAUGAGAAUACUGCACAAACAUGCACACCUAAUCCAACUUUACGAGUUUUUCCGAAGUGAACGAGGAGUUUAUCUUGUUUUGGAAUAUGCUGCUAAUGGUGAUGUUCUGUCCUACAUUAACGAUAGCGUCAUUGAGACAGGCAUGGCGGUGAAGGAAGACAAGGCCAGACAACUUUUUCGUCAAAUUGUGUCCGGGGUUACAUUCUGUCACGAUCGGAAUGUGGUUCACAGGGAUUUAAAAUGCGAGAACGUUCUUUUAGAUGAAAACUGGAACGUCAAAAUAUCAGAUUUUGGCUUUGCUUGUCGUUUUCCAUCAAAUCGUUGCAACAUGUUAUCGACUUUCUGUGGUUCUUAUGCUUACGCUGCCCCGGAGAUUCUAGCGGCUAAAAACUACGAUGGGAAACUCGCUGAUGUUUGGAGUCUUGGGAUCAUUCUAUAUGCCUUGGUGAACGGACGUCUUCCAUUCAAUGAUCAUAACCUCAACACACUCAUGGAUCAAACAAAAAAGAAAGUCAAAUUUCAGCCUUGGGUUUCGAAAGACUGUAUCCAUCUUAUUAGGAGAUUGUUACGCCAGAGACCACUCCUCCGAAUGCGCACAAGUGAAAUAGUUCACCAUCCAUGGGUUCGCCAAGAGCCUAUAUCUAAUAGUUGGCAUGACGGGGCGGCCGCGAUGUACCAAAAUGACCCCUCCUUUAAUAAAGAACGAGUAAGUAAAAUUAGCUAUUUCCUCUUAUGGUACUGA